CGUGGUGCGGCCUCUCCUGCAUGCUCACGAUGCGCUCCUCGUCCGCCCUCGCCCUCGCGUUCGCUCUGACAGCUUCUCCUGAGGCUGCCGAGGCCUUCGGACUGCGUCCCCCAGUCCUCUCCUCCUCUCCCUCCCUCUCCCGUGCUGGAGUUGCCCGUGCUGGUAGCAGAGGUGUGAAAAUGGUGGCCACCGCCCCGACCUCCAAGUUUGAGAAGAUGAGGUUCAAGUACGGCAAGCCAUCCUUGGAGAGGGGCAUCAGCCAGGAGAUGAAGGAUGCUCAGAAGAUCGCUGGAUUUGACUACAGUGACUUUGAAUCCGCCAUCGCUAAGUUCGACAACACCUUCCAGGUUGGCGAUGUGGUUGUUGGCCAAGUUGUGCAGUUCGAGCAAGGAGGUGCUCUUGUUGACAUCGGAGGCAAGUCCAGCGCCUACCUCGGCGCUGCGGAGGCCUCCAUGCAGCGUGUUGACGACAUCGAGAUGUUCCUCUCCAUCGCCGACAACCGUGAGUUCCAGAUCAUUUCUGGUGAGGACGAGAAUGGUCAGGUCCGUCUCUCCAUCAGGAAGCUUGAGUUUGCUCGUGCCUGGGAGCGUGUUCGUCAGAUCCAGGCCGAGGAUUGCACUAUCAUGGCUGAGAUCCUCUCCAUCAACCGUGGAGGAGCCUUGAUCAACUUCGAAGGCCUCCGUGGAUUCCUCCCAGGCUCCCACGCUCCCCAAGGCAUGACUGAGGAUACUGUUGGAACCAUGAUCCCCUUGAAGUUCCUCGAGGUCGACCAGGCCAAGAACAGGCUGGUUGUUUCCAAUCGCCGGGCUGUUGUCGAGACCAAGCUUGUCAACUUGGAGCCUGGUCAGCUCGUUACUGGAAUUGUUCGUUCCAUCAAGCCAUAUGGUGCCUUUGUUGACAUCGGAGGCAUCUCUGGAUUGCUUCACAUCUCCCAAAUCUCUCACGAUCACAUUUCCGAUGUUAGCAAGGUUCUCCAGGAAGGCCAGGAGAUCAAGGCCAUGAUCCUCACCCAAGACAAGGACAAGGGUCGCUUCUCCUUGUCCACCAAGACGCUGGAGGCUGAACCAGGGGACAUGAUCAGGAACCCUGAGAUGGUGAAAGAGAAUGCUGAGGAGACUGCUAAGAGAUACCACGAACGUCUCCAGGCCGAGCAGCAGGCCCGCGACCAGGCUGCGUCAGAGCUUGUUGCUGGAUUAGAUCUCAACGCCCUUUCUUCUGAGGAGCUUGUUGCAUAAACGAUGUGAAGGACUUCUUUAGUAAAGUAAUCAACACGGCA